UUUCUUUUUAAGCAAUGCUACUGAGGUUGCUAGAGAGCAACAGAAACCACAGAAUCUGUAUUUGGAAAUGAGAUGGUUGCCAUGGUAAUGAUCCCAGCUGCUUCUUUUCUCAGUUGUGAAAAUAAUUUUUAGACUCCUAUAUUACAAGGUUAAGCUACAAUGUUUUAAACUAAAUGAUAUAGCUAAUUGAUUUAACAUGAAGAUUAACACAUUGCUUAUUAAAAAUCUUUGGGCUGAUAAUCAUCUGAAAUUGUUGAAUCAAAUAUUUGUGCAGGUACUUAUCAAAUAUUUUUUCUGUUUGUUUUUGAUCAGGUACUUGAGGUGAAACUGGUGCAUUGAGAUGGAAAAUAUUUUCAUCUUACUGAUUUUACUAAAUGUGUUUUUUAUAGUACAAAUUAUUCUGAAAGCUAACUGAUACCUAGCUAAGUAGUGAUUAAAAUAUGACUCAUAUUUUGCCAUAUGCCAAAUCUGGAUCAAACCUGAAAUGUUAGAUAUUUUUAAUGUUUAUUGUCUCCAAAGCCCAGACAGUUGGUAAAGUGUUGGUUGUUUUGAUGGUCUCUAGGCAACCUCACUUUGAACAGGACUAUCACCAACACUUGUUCAGUUCAGUCAUGCUGUAUAUAGCCAGUAUUAAAAACCUCCAAGUAUGGAGGUUCCACAACCCAUCUGGGAAACCUUUUCCUAUGCUCCACUACUCCUGGUGAACAAACUUUUCCAAAUGUCCAGUUGGAAUCUCCCAAGUCACAGGCUGUGGUCAUUGGACUGCAUUGAUUUUAGACUAUAGUAUUAAUCAUGCUAAAGUCAAAAGCUUGGCAAGGUUCAGAUGAAUAGUAACAUGCAGAGGAACCUUAGAUAAGAUAAUCAGUGAACACUGGAAGGCACAGACUUCUCUGUUCCUAAGAGUAUCAAAGAAUCAUUGUCCCUGGUGUAAAACUCAUAAUUCCAAGAGCUCCUUGCAGAGUGAAGUAUUACCUACAGGGUAUUUGCUAUGGGAUGUAGGGGAAAGGACACUUUGGAAUUGUUUAAAGGUUAUUAUGGAACACUUUUAAUGGGACUGUAGGAGCGUGUGGCACUGUCUAUGAAAUGUUUAGAGGAAGGACCAAAGACUGGGAAAGGGAGGGAUCCAUGUAGAAAGGGGGUAAAAGCUUGGUUAGAUUUCUUUGUUGACCAGUCUUUGUUGGCUGCUUUUCAUCACCUUAUCAUCCACUGGUUUGGGGUUUUUUUCCUCUCAUUUUCUGUGUUUUGAAAUGUAGCUUAAUCUUCUUUAUUUCACUUAGCUUUUCCCCGUUUCAAAAUAUAGGCCCACUGAAAUCCUCUGGGACCUCCAUGACUUCUAAAAGGUCGUUGUAAAUGGUUUGAGAGGACUUCUGCUUGUUCAUAAGGUACCUAUAGAAUUUUAUCUGUCCUUAUCACUUGCUACUUAAACUUGCCACCUAACUACUUCAGUACCUUUGAUAUGCCUCCAGUCCUACUCUUUCAUUAAAAUUCAUUUCAUUAAGUAUCUAAUCACUACUUAUGAAGUCUGCAACAAAAACAAAAAAAAAUCAGUGUCAUUUACCUGUCUCCCUCAUUAAAUAAUAGAUUUUUGGGUUUGAUUUCUUGUUAUGUCCAAUACAUUUACAGAAUAUUUGUUGAGUUAUUAUGUCCCCUGAUAGCGGUAACCUCUUUAAUCUUAACCUCGAAUUUUAUCAUAAGCAGUUAUUGUGUUAUUUCUAUACAGUCGCUCUUGGGAUUUAUCCUUUGAUUCCACUCAUAUCCGAGGUGAGAGCUGUAACACCUUAUAUUAGACCGUGAAUAAUCCACUUUGCAGAGGAAUCACACAGAGUGAAGACAAAACGGACAUUUAUUGAAGGGUAACUUUUUGAAGGUAGCUUUUAUGUGGUAGGGAAUGGAAUGUGUGGAAUUUGAGAGGAAUCAAGGGAGGUUCAUGCAAGGGAAUGUUUAUAAACGGAGAAAUUGAGCUAAACACACCCAAAUAUGGGUAAGGAGAGAUACAAAAAGGGAAAAAGCUAUAAAUUUUAACUAUCAGGAGCCAAUAGGCAAAGAGGUUACAAUCAACGAAUAGGAAAAGGGCUAAUACUAAUUUAAACUGCAGAUUACAUAUAAAGUAAAAUUUUUUCUAACAACGUUAUUAAUAAACUAAAUAAACAUAACAUUUUAAAACAUGAAAAGCAGUCUCUGAGGUAGGAAGUUAUCUGUUGUCCAGUAGUUUAGCUGCAUUCCAAAGCUGUCUUUUCUUCAGUUCUCCUUUUCUUCAGAGGUUUUUCUCCACCACAAAUAGGCAUCUUGUGGUGUACUUCCAACAUACUGACUUGCACAACUUCAUUUUUAAAGAACUUUUGAACCAGACCUUUUGAGCUCUUAGUAUGGUUUCUGCCUUUCUUCAUGAGAAAUAGUUUGUCAUUUCACCUUCAUUAUAAUACCUUUUAUUAAUUGCCAGCCCCUUCAAAGCCCUGUCUCUCUCAGAGUCUUAGCGAGAAAAGAUACAAAAUGAUUGCCUAAGUUUAUUGAUCUGACUUUUUUAUUUUUUUAAAAUAUAUUGUCCUUACAAUGCUGCACAUACUUUUUCUCAGAAUCACAAAUUCUACCAUCUUAAGCUAGAGGUCACCUAAGCUGCAUUCACACAAAUAUUCUACAACGGUUUUCAGCUGCAGUGUUUAUAUUUGGCAAUUUCUGCCACCUUUAGAAAAAAACCAAGUCAUUUACCAGAUGUCCUAUCAUACUGUUUUUCAAAGCUACCUGAUAAUUUAAGUUUUUCAUUACCACCAGUCCUACCUGUCAGCCAAGCAAACAAUUAUUUUGUAAUGUCUUCCAUGAUGAUGAAUUUGGAUGUAUUUUUCAAGUUAGGUCCUACUUCAGUGUUUUUGUUGAAAGCAAAUGCUUUUCAAUUCAGUUAACUUUCUACACCUUUAGAAUUUAUUCUUGAGUUCAGCAGGAAGACAUAAAGAAUAUGUUUUUAGUGUUUACUUCAGUUCUUGAAAUAUUUUCAUAUGAAAUCUGAACAAAUUUGCUGAACAUUUGAAAAGUCAAAUGUUUCUAAGAGUGAAGCAUUUGUUCUGUUUUACAUUCACUGAAAAAAUAUACUUUGGUUCAUUUCCCAAAUAAUGGUUCAUCUCACAAAUAAUGAAUGUGUAAAAAGAGAUUUAAGAGCUGUAUUGAAAAUAACCUUAUGUGCAACAUUUUUCAGCAUUUAAUAACUGCUUUCUGCAUUGUCAGACAAAACAGAUACUUCAUAUGCCAUUGCCAGCUCAGAAGUUCAAGAACAAGUGAAAACUGUUACGAACACUUUUUUUUGUUAAUGAUCCUAUACACAGAUACCAAAGCGCAUUUAGCCAAGGUUGCAAAGCAAUUAAAAACCACUCAAAGUUGCAGAAGUAUUUCUAUGGCCCAAUGUGCUGGCUUAAAAGUAAACCAAUGGCAGAAAUGAAACGAACUCAAGAGAGAUUACAAAUCAGAGUUACAAUUUACUAAAAAGGUUAUGAUAAAUACAAUUCAGAGAAUAGAUACAGAGAUACAAAGAAAACUCAUUUUAACCCCUGAAGACAGACAAGAACAGAAUGGUGUUCGUUAGCCCCUGUGCUGAGCAUCAUCUGGCUCCCUGGGGGUGAUGUAAAAGGAAAGGAAACCUGUUGGUCCAGAUGAUGGUGGCAGUUCUGUCGAAGUAAUGAUCUCAGUCUUAUCGAGAGUGGCUGUUGCAGUCCUGUUCUGGUCCUCCUCUGGAUCCAACAAGUACCAGAAGUCCCAAAACCCCAAGAUUAUAUAUACUCAGGUUCAGUUUGGAAUGUCCAGUACCUUCCCCAGGGCAAGGAGUUUCACAAUGGGUGAUUUAACUCUAGGAGUCAUGGGAUAUUUUUGGAAUCUUUGAUGAUCUAGGUCUUGCAGCUGCCUAUUAUGCCAAUCCAGUAUGAUCCAUUAGCAGAGAUGACCCCUCAGGCUGAGUGCGAAGGUGCUAAUGCCUCCCUGGAGAGGAGUUAUCACAGCUGAGUCAUUGGUGUGAAGACAAAGAAAUACUCCCCUGCCUCAGCUUGUAGCCUGAGGUGUCAAGUGUGCCCUGGGCAGCUGCUGCAAAGGAUCCAUUAGUAACAGUCCAUCAGAAAUUGCAACCAUGAAACUUCUUUCAGGAUACUCAGUGAGCCCUUUGUUAUGUGUUUUAUGUGUUUUGUGUGGUUUGACUUGUUAGAACUUUGUCUCUUGAGUUCCUCAGUAUGCUGAACAACUUUCUUGCAUGAAAGUUAGCAUUUUACAUGUUUCUGGCAACCAUACAAAUCCUUUUGAAGGUCCUGGGUAUGCAAAUUGCCAGCCUGUGUCAAAGAUUUCCCUGUAAUUACAGAGUCCAUCUUGGGCAGUGACCAUGAAAUGAGAGAUUUUUCAGUUUUUGAACAAGUAAGGAGGUAGAGCAGAACUGCCUUCUUGGACCAGAGAGCAGACUUCUGUUUGACGGAGUCCCUUGGGAGGCAGCUGAGAAGGGCAAAGAAGUCUAGGAAGUCUGGACGUUCUUUAAGAGGGAAAUCUUUAAGGUGCAGGAGCAGGCCAUCCCUAUGUGCCAAAAGAUUAGGUGGCAAGGAAGACCUGGCUGAACAGAGAGCUUGGGCUGGAACUCAGGGAAAAAAGGAGAUUUUGUGACCUUUGAAAGAAGAGGCAGGAAGUUCAGGAGAACUACAAGGGUGAUGUAAGAUUAUUCAGGGAUAAAAACAGAAGUGUUAAAUCCCAACCAGAGUUUAAUCUGACUAGUGCCCUAAAAGACUAUAAUAAAAUAAAUAAAUAAAAACUAUUUCGGUAAAUACAUUACCAGCAAAAGGAAGGCUGAGGAUAAUCUCCAUCCUUUAUUGGAUGCAGGGGUAAAGAGUGACAAGGGAUGAGGAAAAGACUGAGGUGCUUAAAGCCUUCUUUGCCUUAGUGGAAAAUUUAUAGCAAGAUCAGUUGUUUUUGGGGUACCCAGCCCUAUGAACUGGAAGGCAGAAAUAGGGAGCAGAAUGAAGCCUCCCUAACCCAAUGACAAAUGCUCAGCGACCUGCUGUACCACUCAAACUCAAGUCUGUGGGACCAGGUGGGAUACACAAGAGGGUACUGAGGGAGCUGGCUGAAGAGAUCACUGAGCCACUGUCCAUCAUUUACCAGCAGUCCUGGCUAACCAAGGAAGUCAAACGUAAUGCCCAUUUACAAGAAAGACCAGAAAGAGGAGCCAGGGAUCUAAUGGCCUGUCAGCCUGACCUUGGUGCUGGGGAAGGUCAUGGUGUAGAAGGUCAUCUUGAGUGCCAUCAUACAACACAUAAAGGACAACCAGGGGAUCAAGCCCAGACAGCAUAGGUUUGUGAAAGGCAGGUCAUGUUUGACCAGCCUGAUCUCCUUCUAUUAAAAGUUGAGCCACUCAAGUGUAUGAGGGAAAGGCUGCAGAUGUUGUCUACAUGAACUUUAGUAAAGCCUUUGACACAGUUUCCCACAGAAUUCUCCUGGAGAAACUGAAUUCCUAUGGUUUGGAUGGGUGUAGUUUUGCUGGGUAAAAAGCUGGCUGGAUACCUGGCCCAGAGAGUGGUGGUGAAUGGUGCUACCUCCACUCAGUGGCCGAUCAUCAGUGGUGUUCCCCAGGGCUCAGUUUUGGGGCAAGUCUUGUUUGAUAUCUUUGUCAGUAAGUCUGCAGGUGACAAAGUUGGGUGGGAGUGUUGAUCUGCUGCAGGGCAAGAAGGCUUUGCAGAGGGAUCUGAACAGGCUGGAUUAACAGGCCAUAGAGUUACAGAGAACUUGUAAAGAGUCUUUCCACAUAGGAGAGCCUGAAUUGAAAAAAUUCAGAUGAAUGUUUGCCAGUUAAAGCUGAGCAGAAUUAGAAGGAUAAUUAAAAUUUCAGAAUACUGUAGAGAAGGAAUAUGUGGUCAUUAGGCCAGGAAAAUAAGUAUUUUAAUUAAGUCUAACAAUAAGGCUAACAAUGUCAUUGUAGCAAUGCAUUAUUUUGAAAUCUCUACAUGAUCAAAUCAAACUAAUGUAAAGUAGUCUGACCUCAAGAUCACUAUCUAAUUUUCAAGGUUACAAAAUUAUUUUCACAAUCAAGAGCGGGGAGAGUUAUGCGAAGAUUUUAAUUGCUUUUUUCAAAGUUUUCAACUACAGAAAUAGAUGCUUUUUCCGAGCAUGAGUGAAUGAAUGCUGAUGCCCUUUCCUCUCUCUCUUCUAAUUAAACACUUCCCACUUCAAUUCUGCUCUGCCAGCUCUGAUGAAAGUUUGGAAGUCAACAAAGAAGCAAACAGCAAGAAGGUAAAGAAAAAUCGAAAUAUGGGGGAGGAGAUAAACAGUGACGGAAUGUGUGGCAAUCAAAGGCACAAAACAAAGAUGUACCCUAAUUUAUACCAGGGUGAUGAGAGGCCUAUCAAUAAACAACACUAGGUAUCAAUACGGACAGAGUGGAAAGGUACCCUCCUCUACCUUUACUUAGCAUACUAUUUCACCAAGAUCUUUAUCUGUUCAGAGAAAUUUUAUUAUUUCAUAAUCUACCAUACAAUAUUUUCAGGCCCUUGCAAGGCUUGUAAAACUUGGUACUAACCAUAAAUUACAUAUUUUCAAACACACAAAUAUCAGAAAUUCCCUAAGCUUCAUAAUGCUAAAAGCAGAGUAGCUCUGUGACUGACCAGUGACAGGGAGAAGAUACUGUUCUGACUUUUUGUGGCCAUCCUCCUGUAUAAUAAAGCAUUGCUUGUACUUUAAAAGUGAAGACAAAUAUCACUGAGUUUUAAAUGUUACAAGGAAACAAAUCCUCACAUGUGGAUCCUCACUGAGGAUGAAGUAUUGAAGAAGAAAUUAUGAUUUUUUAUGAAUCCUGAAGUAGAACUUGCACAGGACUUAAAUGGUCCAUCAGUUUUAAUUGUGGUUUGUUUCAAGGGUUCCAGAGUGGAUCAAGGAGCUCAAAAACUUAAGUGUUGGCUCAUCUUUAAAGGGCAAAUGCUAGAUUAGACACCAUGUAAAGGCCAUGCAGACAGACAGUAGAACUUUCAGAUCCAUAGCAACAAUUAAUUAAUUCAUUACAGUUGUGACCUGAAUUAAUGUUAAUUAACUACUGUUAAUCCACAUAAACUAAAAUACAAACCUGUUGACCAGCCUGUUCUAUUUUUUUAUUUAUUUUAUUUUUUUAUUUUUAAUUUUUUUAUUUUUAGAGCUCUGAGACACUGCUUCUGAUUCACUCCUGUUAAAAUAUGAAGCAACAACAGAGUUUAUGGUUGGAUUGUUCCUAAUAAUUAAAAAUCAAGUUGUCUCUGUGCAAUUUAAAUAUGACUAGCAGUAUAGGUUCUUGUUAAUUAAUCUAUGCAAAAUGACAUAGUAAAUUUGAGCAUCUGCCUGUGUCUAUUUAAGCAACAUAAGUAAUUUACUGAACUGAAACUUCUUCAUGAUUCCCCAUCACUGUGUCUGUUGAUUAAUUAAGGAAAUAUAAUUUAGUAACGAUGUCAUUUUAAUCAUUAUGGAAGAACUUUGCACUUUAUAAUUCAUACAUACUUACUUACAAGUGUCAUAUGUCAGAACAAAGUCCAGUAGAAUAAGCACAGUGUGAAAUAAGGAAUAUGCAAUUUUGCUGUGUUUGUGAUAGCAUGUUGGAACUGAUUUAUUCACUUGGACUUAAGUAGCAGGCAAAGUACAACUGUAGAGAGUGAGCUCAUUUAUUUGUGUUCUUCCUUGCCAGUCUUCACUUCCAAGAGGUAAGGUGUGUGCCCAGGGAUGUUUUCUUUGGGUGCUUUCUUAAUACUUUAUAUUACCAACUUCUACUCUGGAAAUAAACAGAUAUGUAAAUAACUUCAAUGUUAUGAAAAAGAAAAAUGAAAGAUGAAACUGUUCAAAAAAUAACUCCAGGUUGAAGGUCAAAUUUCAUGAACUUUAAUUAUGCUUGUGGGUUAAGUUUUUAUUUCAAGUAAUUUAAAAUUUAAUAAUUAUUAAUAGCAACAAUAAUAAGAGCUUUCAGGGAAAAGGAUACGUGACAGUAGGAAAUACAGGUACAGCAAACUUAAAUGCUUGAAGGGAAGCACUGUGCCAAAUUUCAUGGAAGGUAGUUUUCCAGUUUAUUAUGAUCCUAAUGUCAAAUGACCAACUUUGCAUAAAAUAGCAAAUUAUAUGUUAAUAGUAAAUCAUAGUUAUUGCUGAAUAGUUUUAGGUAGCGUAGAAAAUUCUGUUUUGCUGGUGUUUUGUAUGGUAAGCAUAAAACUUAAGUCUCAAACCUGAGCUUUAUUACAGUGAUUUAUCUUGAACAUUUUUUAAAAAAAUAUGCUGAAUAUUUUUUCACUCUGGAAAACUGCUUGCUGAAUCUGCUACUAAGUCAUUAGAUUUAUAAGGAAUGUGGUCUUGUUGCAACAUAAGCCACUGUGGAGGAUAUUGUCCUCUGCAGACUGUGUGCUGACACUGGCAGGAAAUAAGCUCUGACUGAAGAGCUGUUUGCUAGAUCUAUAUCCUGCCUUCAGCACAGUCACUGUGGGGAGCCCAGUCCUCAUAAAUGAAAUUAGGAAAAAAAUUUUAAAAAUUAAAAAUUUUGGCUGUAGACUAAGUAAAUGUGUCCUCUGAGAGUAUAGGAAACAUUUGUUAUCCUGAUUCAGUCUAAACUGUCAUUGAUACAGAAACUCCUCUUCAGAGAAUCUGGGAUUUGCUGAAGUGAGGACCCCAGGACUUAGUCUAGUAAUAACCUAAUCCUUCUUGCUGUAUUGGAUGGAGGGUUACAAGUUCUGUACCCCAAAAGGUGGAUAAAAUGAAGCUCAAAACUGUUUUAAUUCAGUAUAUUGCACUCUGGGUUUUGGAGAGGCUAAAGGAAAGUUCUUUUUGAUUUGUUUAUUGAACUUUUGGGUUUUUAAAUCUGAUUUAAACCUGUGAGCUGUUAUUUAAACCUGUAGAUAGAAAUUCACAAAAAGCAUAGUUCAGCUGUGCUUAAGUGAGUUUUCCAGUGCAUGGAAACAUACUCAGCACUAAGAAAACCAUGUCUUUGAGUACUGUUUGAACUACAGACAGUCAGCAGAGCUAAUGUUACUGUUUCUGCCAAUUUUAUCAUUGGUGUCUUGCUGUAGUUUGGACUCAGGGAAUAAGACAAAUUCAACUCUGAUGAAUAUAAGAUGUGCUUUUUUCUUUUGUCAUUACAUUACUCUUGAUAGCUUUUUUCAUUGCCCAGCAUGGCACAAGGUGACAGAGGUGAGAGAUGUUCUAAGUGUCACAGCACAGAGCUCUCUGUCACAGGAAUGACUAGUCAGAAAUGGGGUAUGAGACACCAGGAAAGGAGAGGUACCUCAAAGAUGGAAGAAGCCAAUUAUGACAGAUCCCUACUAUGCUGAAGCUAGGUAUUUCAAAGCCUUUCUCCUUCAGGAUUUCCGUACUAAAAGUCCUAAAUAUUUCCAUUUUUGGCUCUAGUCUGUGUUACAGUUCUGUAUUUCUACAAGAGGACUGACUCAGAAGGAAGAUGCUGUUGACGAGCUCAGCAGGAUUUAUGCUGUUCUUGCUCUCUCAAUGCACUGUGUCACUGAGCACCGAAGAGGCAGUGGUCCUGGCUAAUGCCCACCUUCUCCCCCAAAGAGACCAUGAGAGACUGGCUAACGCCAAUGAAAAAGACUAUCCAAGAGAUUGUUUUGAGAUUUUUCAGCGCUCCAAAGGAAAUUCCAGAGAUGGUCUUUACAUCAUCCAACCAAAAGAGGACCCUAUUGUUGUCUCUUGUAACAUGCAGGAUGGUGGCUGGACAAUAAUCCAGCACAUUACUGCCAACAGUACUGUCGACUUUGACAGGACCUGGCAGGACUACAAAUAUGGAUUUGGCUCUGUUCAUGAGAACCACUGGUUAGGAAAUGAAUAUAUGCAUCAAUUAACUAGCAGCUCUGUGCAAUAUAUACUUGGAGUUAAACUUGUAAACCUAAAUGCUGAAAUUAAAUGGGGACAGUAUGAACCAUUCCUUAUUGAAGGUGAGGAGUCUCAAUACCGCAUUAGGCUUGGUUUAUACAAAGGUAAUGCCACUGAUGCACUGACCCUGGACACAGAAGCUUAUCUCCAUGACAACCAGAAGUUCACCACCAAGGACAGAGACAAUGACAAUUACUUUCUGAAUUGUGCUAAACUGGAACUCAAUGACAUUCCUGGGGGAGGCUGGUGGUACGACGCGUGUGCUGGAGCAAAUCUAAACCGUAGGAACAUGAUAUACUGGCAAAAAGACUGCAACAAGCAACGCCUGUGCAAGUUUGCGUGGAUGAUGAUCAAACCCAUUGAGCACCACCUCUCAUAUCCAUCAAAGUCCUGCCCGUGUCAGAAAGUUGAACUGUAGAUAAGCUGUGUGUACUUUGGAAGGAACAUGGACUUUUUGUGCAGUGACUGAAGUGAACUCACUGACUCAACAAUCACACUAAGUAAACAUGAUUGAAAAUAAAUUGGGCCUCUGCAAGGGCUUUAUGAUAACAUAUCAUCCAGGACUGGACCAUGUCAUAGAAAUAUGCCAACCACACAAGUGAGAAACUGUCAGAAACGGAGGCCUCUACCACAAGAUUUAAAGAACCAGAGGAUUAAAAAAAUCAUUUUAUAGUAUUUUAGCCAUAAGACAAGCCAGGUAUGAAAUCCAGGAUACAAUGUCUUAUACAAUAUAUACAUGAACACAAAUGCAUUUCAGAAGGUUUUGUUCCAGUAUCAAUGUUCAUGAUUGAUCUCCUAUAAUUUGCAUAUCUUCAUAUAUCAUGCAUGAGAGAAAUUUUCAGUGAAGUGCCUACAUUUACAAAUUGCAUAUUGAAGAGUAUUGUGUACCAUAGGGCAGCAACAGGCCUUUUCUUUCUAACUUUAGUGAACUGUAUUUUAAUUUAUAAAAUUGGAAUCAGCCUUAUCUCCCAUGGCUUCUUUCCCCAAUCACUGACUCUUCUUUUAUUUCUACCUUUUAAUGAUCCCAUACACAUUGAAAUAGUCAGCAUAGGCUUUUCUUUUCUUCCUUCAAUUUAGAGCACCCAGCACUAAUGGGAUUGUCAGCUUUGCCAUUUAAAGUUACUAAUCCAAAGCUUACAACCCAUCUGAAUUUUUCCCCAAGAAACUCAGAGAACACAUUUUUUAAAAGAUCAAAUUAUUUUGCAACUGUUUAUUUAUUGCUUCAUUUUUUAGCCAUCACUUCACUUUAUUUAUCAUGAUUUGACUGUUGCUUCUCCCUGUUCCAUGAUGUGCUUCAGCCUUCUCUUUUUUUAAUACCGCUGUGAGAAAGAAGAGAACAUAGGCUUUAUUUCACAUUUGCUUACCUUCAACUGUUUUGGUACUCAGACUUGACAUUAUUUAAACACUACCCUUUUUGUAAUUAUAAAAUAAAAAUUACAUAUUUUUCUGUUUUAAAAUAAUAAAUAAAAGAAUUUUAGCUUUGAUAACCUCUAAUAUCUCGUUUUCUUUUACCUCUGUUUGAGUUCCUUCACACAUUUCUGUACCAUUGAAAUAGCUAAAUGAUAACUGAGGAGGUUUUAUUGUUUAUCAUGUAUGUUUUCUUAGAUAUUUCAGUUACAGAAACUCAACAAACAAAUACUGGCAAAUUCCUGCUUUUUAAUUUAAAAUAUGCUGAAAUAUAAUUUCCAUGAAAAUUGCUUCACAGAAAAUAAAUCGUAUUGUGUUUUGAGAAGACUAUCAGGAUUAUUUAAGAAGAAAAAUUAUUUGGAAAGCAGAAAAGCCAAGAAAGCAAUAUUUAUUUUUUCAGGAUGCACUGCAACAUUUUCAGAAAGAGAUACAGAUAUGUUACG